ACAUUCAGCAGUUUCACAUGCCAGUUGAUUCAGCUGUCAAGACUUUCCUGCAUGUGAAGAAGCUCUCGGCAUCAGCUAUUCUGGUCUUAACCACGUCUUUCUUUCGAGGGUAGAGAUGGCGCUGAUGGGAAUCCAGCUGGUGGUCAGCUUGCUGGCCGCCUGCAUCAUGCAGAGGAUGGCGCCACAUUGCUCAUUUGCACGCUGGCUCAUCUGCAAUGGCAGCUUGUUCCGGUUCAAACACCCGUCAGAGGGAGAGCUGUGCGCACUGGCAGGGAAGCAGAUGCCCAAACCGACCAGGAGAGACAGGAGGCAGAACGGGGAGAGUAAGCCUCUCACUGUGCCCAAAGACAUUGACCUUCACCUGGACAAAGCUCCAGUCAAAGCCCUUGACUCGCUCGUGCUGCGGUUUUUCCUGGAGUACCAGUGGCUGAUAGAUUUUGCCGUCUAUGCAACCGUCGUCUUCCUGUUCACUGAGGGUUAUUGCAGUAUGGUGGAUGCCAGCAAAGAGGUCAAUCUCGGAGCCAUCUGGUGUGUCCUGACUGUUCUCUUCAGUGUAAAGACCCUUCACACUCUCAUGAGCCACUACUUCCUCUCUGAGGAGGGCGGCGAGCGCUCGGUGUGCCUUGCCUUUGGCUUCCUGUCUCUGCUCGUGGCCAUGCUGGUUCUUGUGGUCAGAGAGGACUACCUGGAGUUCGGCCUGGAGUCGGGCUUUUCCAACCUCUUUGACAACUUGGAAGUCUUUGCCAAACAGCAGGGCUACGCUGACUGGUCAAUCCCAAUGACCAAGCUGACCGUGAAGCUCGGUCUGGCCGCCUUCUCUGCUUACAUUGGUGCUCUGCUGGCGUUCCCCGGCCUGCGAUUGGCUCAGACGCAUCUAGAUGCCGUACAGAUGAACUCAGACCGACCACUCAUCCAGAUUCUGCUGCACCUGAGUUUCCUCUCUCCAGUCAUUGUGCUGAUUCUGUGGGUGAAACCCAUCGCAAGGGACUUCCUGGCCAAUGCACCUAUGGGAAAGACUUCAGUAACGAUAGUUUCCAGUGAAUCAUUUGACUGCAUGCGCCUGUGGAUCGUCGUGGGGUCGUGUGUGCUGCGGCUGUUACUGACUCGCUACCACCUGCAGGCCUACCUCAAUCUGGCUCAGAAGUGGGUGGAGCAGAUGAAGAAGGAGGCGGGACGUAUCGCUGCUAUUGACAUUCAGAGGAAGGUCACUCGUAUCUUCUGCUACCUGACGGUAAUUACUCUUCAGUAUCUGGUUCCUGUUUUUCUCAUCCUCUUCUCCACACUGGCACUCAAGGCACUAGGAGACUUCUCCUGGGCCCCCGGUGUAGAGCGGGCCCCCGGGGUGACACCAGCACUGGUGAUGCCCACCGCGGCCCCCGUGCUGCCCGGCGGUCUCGAUGAAGACGAAGAGGGGAUGGAGGAUAUGGAGGAGGACAUCCAGGCCACAGUGGCUCGCCUGUCGGAGGCCUUCGUGGCGCUGCGGUCCGUCCUCACUCCGCUCUUCUUCAGAGGUCUCUUCGCCUUCCUGACGUGGUGGGUGGCCGCCUGCCAGGUCAUCAGCUCUCUGUUUGGUAUCUACUUCCACCAGUACCUCAUGCAGAACUAACUGACUAGUGCUCAACCUGCGAUGCAGCUCCAGCCCUCUACUGCCUGCAGGUUUCCUUUGCAGCAACACAAAAGCAGUUAAGGGGAUAUUUAAUCAAAACACGCAGCUGCUGACAGAAUGCACCGCGUGGCUGUAACAGAAGGUUUGGUCAAGUGUUUUUUUUUUUUGUUUUUUUUUGUUUUUGUUUUUCUUUUGAGAGGAGACAGGCGAUGGACACUGUUGUUGUUGCAAUAUUGACUACCUUGUUGCCCUUGUGGCUUUUGUUUGUGACCAGCAGGCUACUGGUAUCCAUAACACCGAGAGAACUGGGCUCUGUAUCACAAAGCAACAUCUACUUAGUCUGGCUCUCUUUGGGUUACCCGUUGUCACCGAGUCUAACAUCAGCAAUCUUCGACAACCGGUAUCACAAAGCUGGUUAUUGUCUGGCUCGUUUAUCAGAAGAGCCGUGAGAGGAUCACUGAAUGCGACUCAGAGAUAUUCCCACAGGGAAGAUUAGCUUGUUGUGGUGUUAAAAGGUGAUAUUCAGUAUAAUCACACAAGUUAAAUAGCACAAGAAGCUUUUAGAAAUAGGUGGAAUCAUUUCCUUCACGGCUAUAGAUAAGUGUAAGAAUUAGGUGUUUUCAACAUGUUCAGUAUUCUAGAAGAGACAUCCUGUUGCUUUGUUGUACUUUAUUAUGAGUUACAUUUGACUCUGUCUGAUAAACGGGAGUUAAGCCCAAAGAUAUCCAGCUGACCCACGAAUGUCACUUCAUGAUACAGGCCCCCAGACAUCAGCUAUUUCAACAUGAAACCUUUUUCGGACGUACCUAUGCCAAUGUUACCUGAAUAGUUCUUUAACAGAACAUUGUUAAAUGCUGCUUUUAAGAUGUGUAAUUGGUACCAGGGUAAGUGUUCGUGCUUCCUCCCUGUGUAGCUAAGACUAUAUUGUCACGAGGGACUCUUCGUCCCCCGUGAAGAACCGAUUCAAGAGUGCUAAAUGUUUUUUUUGUUCUCUUGUUUUUUCUGCUGUAACGUGUUUAUUUUAAAUGUGUAGUAAGGCUCCGAUCCAUCAUGUUGAACGUGAGUCCAGCUGUGGUUUCUGUCUGUGUGUCGGCCAACAGCUGAAGACUUUCCUUCAGUAUUCCUAAGUGCCUGGGAGCUCAGGGAUUUUGAGUCGAUCUUAAAAUCUCCUUUCUCCCGAAUCGUAUGCAUGUAGAAUGAAUAGAAUCUGUUAAUGGAUGAAAUGAACACUCCAAACCCAUUUCUGUUUUGUUUUUCUUCCUUUUCAAACACUACUCACUGACAACACGUUUAGUUGCAGUGUCUUAUUUAGCUUCAUCAGCUUUUAGUUUUUUGCUGUUUUUAUUGCCAAUUAUAAUUCAUGUACGUUUGAUCAAAGCCUACUUUGAACGAGUUUUGCGUCCGUAGAUUUUAUUUAUUUAUUUAUGAAACUUUGCCUCGAAUAACUUUUAUUUAGAAAUAAUACAGAAGCUGUUGUUCUGAACAUUUUUGUAUUGUUUUAUGGCAAUUUCUGAUUUUCAGAUAGUAUAUUUGAAUUGAAUGCUCUGUAAUCAUUAAACUGUCAACUUCACAUGAAAAUGUUGCUUUUUUUUUUUGAUUUUCUGAAUGCAUGGUGUGCUAACCUUUACCUGUAACUGAAUUGUUUUUUUGUGGCUCAAUAAAACAUUUAUUAUUUUCA